AUGAUUGGUUUACGUACUUCUGUUUUCAAACAUAGGCACUGCGGUAAGCUCAAUUUUGGACUGAGACUUCGUUUCAGUACUAAAGCUUUCAGGUCUCCGUUGAAUCAAGGCCGUAAGAUAAAGUCCGGGGUAUGGGUACCUAGUAUCAUUUUAUUAGGUUCAAUUGCAGCUUUCCUUUCCCAGAACGAUAACAUUGCAUUGGACUCACAGAAGAAAAAAGGUGUUACAGUUGAAGAAUUGAGGGCUCACGAUGCAAGUUCUGAUCAAAUAUGGGUUGCACUUAAUGGACAGGUUUAUGACUUAACUGAUUUCUUAGUGCAACAUCCAGGGGGUGCGGAUAUUAUCAAGCACUAUGCGGGAUGCGAUGCUAGUCUUAUUUUCAAUAAGUUUCAUGCGAAAGAUGUGUUUAGCAAAUACUUAUCACCAGAAAAUUAUUUAGGUCCAUUGAUAGGAGAAAUGGAAAAGGCAGCUGAUAUCACUGAAGAUAACGACGAAGAAAGACUCGAGAGAAUAGAAAACAAACCACCAUUGGCUGCGAUGUUCAAUUUAUCCGAUUUUGAAUAUGUGGCUAAAGCAAUUCUCCCAAAGAGUGCUUGGUCGUACUAUUCUGGAGGGUCUGAUGAUGAAGUUACUAUGAGGGAAAAUAAUAACGCAUUCCUUAGAAUUUUUUUUAACCCAAAAGUCUUGAUUGAUACAUCUGACAUUGACAUGUCUACUGAAAUGUUGGGAACAAAGACUGACGCUCCUUUCUACUGCUCUGCUGCUGCUGCUGCAAAGCUUGGUCAUCCUGAUGGUGAAUUAUCUAUUGCUGAGGGAUGUGGAUCAGAGAAUAUUAUUCAGAUGAUUUCAAGUGCUGCUUCAUAUUCCUUCGAUGAAAUUAGUGAAUUUGCGAAAAAGGGAACCUCCCAAUGGUUCCAGUUAUACGUGCAUAAGGAUAGAACCCUGAGUUAUGAGAUGCUUGAAGCUUGCGAGAAAAAGGGAAUUAAAGGUAUCUUUGUAACUGUUGAUACUCCUUUGUUUGGUCGUAGAGAAAAGGACUUGAGAUUCAAAGUAGGACAAACUGAUGACGAUGAAAGUGACGAAACUUCAGGUAGUGACGACUUCAUUCUUUCGUAUAAAGAUGCUGGUUUAUGCUGGGAUGAUAUUGAUAAAUUCAAGAAAGCGACUAACUUGCCUAUUGUAGUUAAAGGUGUCCAACGUGUGGAGGAUGUUCUACUUGCCAUUGAACAUAAAGUAGAUGGUGUAGUAUUGUCAAAUCAUGGUGGUAGGCAACUUGAUUUUGCCAGAGCACCUAUUGAGGUCUUAGCUGAUGUUAUGCCUGUCUUGAGAGAAAAAAAGUUAGAGAAUGAAAUUGAAAUUUAUAUCGAUGGUGGGAUCAGAAGAGGAAGUGAUGUUAUUAAGGCUUUAUGUUUAGGCGCUAAAGGAGUUGGUCUUGGAAGAUCAUUUUUGUACGCAAAUAGUGCUUAUGGUAAAAGGGGAGUAGUUAAAGCUUGUGAAUUAUUGAAAGAUGAAAUAGCCAGAGACAUGAAGUUACUUGGAGUUUCCAAACUUGAUGAGUUAAAACCUGAAUUAUUGGAUUUGAGAAGUUUACAUUCCAGACCAAUAUACCAGUCUAUGGUAGGAUCAAAUUAUGAACCAUUAUAUCUUCCUAAGUUUAAAAAUGACGAUGAUUAA